CUGAGAGUUUAUGACGUAUAUCUUUAGCGCUUUGACGUUUGCAGGAAAUGUCAGUCGAAUGUUUUGGUUAUACGCCAGCCGUAGAUUUUGAAAAGAAGGGGAAGGAUCUUGUUUUGUUAAUAGCGCCCACUCGUGAACGCCUAAGGCUGUUCAGUUAAUUAGAUUUUGGGCUCUGAGAUGCCUCAAGAGGUCGCAAUCUCCUAAGCACGGGUGAAUCUCAAUGGCAUAUUUCAAACAGGAAUCCUCAGAAAACAUUUUUGAGACAUGGGCUAACUGGUGCUGAUAAAGUGUAUAAAUCCAUAAUCCCAUGUCUCUUUGCACGUAAACAAAAUACUUCAAGAUGGUAACUCUGGAGAGUUGCAAAAUAUUGGCAGAUAUUUAAAAUAAAGGUCCUAACAAUUCCAUUUAUAAUGUCAAUCAGUUUGGAUGAUGUGCCAAAUGAGAUACUACUGGAAAUAUUUUCACGAUGCUCAGUGGAAGAUCUGGUGCUGAACAUACAGCAUGUGAACUCACGCUGGAGGUCUCUGGCUAGACACCCAAAUCUCUGGCAGAACCUUGCAUUUUUUCCUGAAAGGAGUACAUCUGUUAAAAAAAUUGUAACAGUUCUAAGAGCUGCCCCAUACUUGCAUUCAGUUAUUUUGGUAGCUAAUGUUGAACAUUCUGUCAUUGAAACACUGUGUGAAUGUUGCCCUAAAAUAAAAAGCCUUCAGUUUUAUGAUACAAGACCAGUAACAGUGGUUAUGCUGAAAAUGUUGUUGGCUUCUCUGCCGAAUAUUGAAUACCUGACAUUAAGAAGCAUGGAUAUUGAUUCAGAAGAUUUUGGUUACAUACUAAGUAAGUUUGAUAAAGUUCGGUAUUUAUCAUUGCUGCAUACAUUCUAUACUGGUUCAACUUUAAUGCGCCAUUUAGCAGAUGGCUGUAAGUCAUUAGAGUAUUUGCGACUGGAUGGAAUUGAAGUAAGAGAUGAUAGCAUACUGUAUUUUAUUGCAAAAAAGGGGAGUCAGUUGAAAGGACUUGUGCUAGAUGGUUAUGGGUUUGGAUUUACUGCUACUUCUCUUACACCAAUCAAAAUUUGUCAGAAGCUAAUAAAACUAAGGUUUUAUGACUGUUCACAGUUGACUGAGGAGUGUUUCCAAAAUAUUGUGCUCUUACCAGAACUGCAAAUUUUACAAAUACCAAAUGCAUCUCAUAUAUCGCCUUCCGCUAUAAAAUGGACUUUUCGGCGAAUACAUUAUCCAAGAAUUGUUGAGAUUGACUUGACAAACAGCAGACUUGAUGAUAGUUGUGCUGAAAUUCUGUCUCAGAGUUGUCGUAACCUUCAGAGAUUGUGUGUAGCCAUGUGCAAAAGUUUGACAGAUGAAGGCUUGAAGUUCAUCUGUAGGUGUCAUAAACUGCAGCAACUUAAUGUCAAAGGUUGUAAUAUUACUGAUGAGGGAAUGCAGUACUUACCACAGUUGCCAAGACUGAAACAUUUGAAUAUUUCUAGAAAUGAUAUUACAGAUGAAGGUAUAAAUUAUGUUCUCAAUUGUAAACAACUUGUUAUACUGAAACUCAAUAACUGUUCUGUGAGUUACACAAGUAUUUUAAAUUUAUCUUCACAUCUUAAUGAGCUCAUGUAUCUGAGCAUUUUGAAUAAUGCUCAUGAAAUGGAUUUUGGUUCACUAGAAAAAAUUCAAAGUCAGAAGAACUCUAAGUUGAAAAUACACAUGUCGUACAGUUAAUUGUGAAAUAAUAUGAGUUAAUUAAUGUGACUGCUUGUGAAUUUUUCAUUACCAGUUCAUUUACCUCAAAUGUGAUUGAGAAGUUUGUAUCAAGAUUUGUAAUUGGAAAGUACUCAGAAAGAAGAGCUUUAGCAGCUUCACUGUGAUAACUAAAUAUUUACAAUGCCAUGUUCAUGUGAUUGAAAACUGCCCCAGUUUUUUUAUUGUUAUUGUGAAAAGGAAGCAGAGGAGGCUGCUUACGUGACGUACAAACUGCUUGGAGGACAAUAAUAUGAGAGUCAAAAAGUAAGAUUGAUUUCUUCAUAUGAAAUCUGAGACUUUUUGUAGCAGGCAUAAUUUUGUCAACUGAGUACGAAAUUAUUUGUGAAUGUUACCAUAAAGGAAGACAACAAAUGUGCGUUCUUGACAGCCUACCAAACAUGCACUUCUCUUUUACAAAUAUGAGUUGUAAAAUCAUCUAGUGAAGUUGUUUGUAUUUCUUGUUGAGCAUAGUGGUGAACAAAUAACAUAUUCAUAAUAUGUAUCAGAAAGAUGAAACAAAUCGCUAAUGAAAGUAUAUAUUUAUACCAUCA